UGUUCUGUUCAACCAGCAGAAAAAUCAAAAUGGUUUCAGAAUCCUAGAAAGAGUCCAAGGAUCCUAUUUUUGUCUUCCUGAAUUUUGUUUCGUGUGUUUUGACAUAAUUUAAAAAGGCAGAGAUGGAUGACACGGGGGGAGCAAGCACCAGUGAGGGUGGGGGGUGCUGGUGGGACAUGAUGCCAGAUCCGAUGUUGCUCCAGGUGUUCCAGUACCUGACGGCCAGGGAACUGCUGGAUGCUGGACAAACCUGCCGCUUGUGGAACAGAGUCUCCUACGACGAGAUGUUGUGGAAACAUCUCCUUUAUCGGGAUUUUAGGAUUGAUUCAAGUGUAGGAAUCUUGCCAGGUAAGAGUUCCUGGCUGGAAGAGUACAAGAGGCUCUGCUACCACACUCCCACCGUGUGUUCCGAAGUGCUCACAGACCACUCUCACCAAGUGUUACACGUCAGUUUUGCGCACAACGGCACCAUGUUUGCCACCUCCUCUAAAGAUGGUUAUAUAAUAGUCUGGGAGUCGAACUAUCCAGCAACGGAGAAGUACAACCACGACAUGAAGAACUUCAGCUGGAAGUACACACAGUUCUCUCAGUUCAACCAGUCGGACACUCUGCUGCUUGUGUCAGGUGUGCAUUUCGGCACACCAAACAGCACAUCUGGCGAGAUAGCCGUAUUCUCACUCACAGAUGGGUUCCAGCUACAGUGUCGAGUUGUGAACAAACCUUAUGAUAUAUUCGGGACGUGGUACAGUGAUCAACACUUGCUGUCCGGAGAUCUCUACUGGCUGGCUCACAUGGUCAGCACGACAGGGCUGUGGCUCAACAAGGCUUCACAGGAAACUGCUUCCGAACACACGCCGAUACUGAGCCAGCUGUUCCGUUUCUAUAACACCAAUGCCAGCUCCAUCAGAGCCAUCAUGGUAGCCAACUGUCUGACCAGUGAGUCGCCUGUGCCUCCCACCUGCGCUGAAGUCAGCCCUCCACCACCACCUGCCACAGAGCGAGGCAAUCCCCUCUCCCACCGUGAUAUCAAUCGCAGGUCGGCCAGUUUCCGAUGCAACAUGCAUGUGGAUGACGCCCCGCCUAGUGAUCAACAGAGUUCUGAAGGGGAAGGCCAGUCUUCAGCAAUCUGCUACAACACUGACUACCGGAUGUUUGAGAGGCAGUGGCAACAAUCUCAUGAUUCGGAUAGUGAUGGUUGUAGUAGCGAUGAAGUGGAAGUAGAAUCGGAAGUCUCCGACAUGUCUGUAGAGGGAGAUGAGGAAGAUCUUGCCCAGAUGCCAGAGAAGUACUUGAUAUUUACUACCGGCUCAAAAACGUACUCACCUCACCAAAUUGGAUUGAAAAGGAUAAAACCAGUGACGUUGCCGCCCGUGUUAGCUCCUGGGAUUACACUCCAGGAUCGGCUGGCAGAGAGACGAGAGAGGCGGCAACGUGAGAGAGAGAGGGAAGAUGCAGGGUUCCCGCCUCGUGUAGAUCCGGAUUGGCUUGACUAUGCUGCCGUUGCUGACCGAUUCGAUACUAUAGAUCACGUCAUAGACCUCCACGGCCAUAUCAUCGGCAUGGGCUUGUCACCUGAUCAUCGAUUUCUGUAUGUAAAUAGUCGACCUUGGCCAAGUGGCUAUCGCAUCAAAAACCCACUGGACCCGCCUCCAAUCGCUCAAGAGAUAGACAUCCAUGUGAUAGACCUGGUCACCCUGAAGGAGGUGGGGACGAUGUUACGAGCGCACAAGGCCUACACACCCAACAACGAGUGCUUCUUCAUCUUCCUAGAUGUCUGUGACCAUUAUGUGGCCAGUGGAGCGGAAGACAAACACGGCUACUUGUGGGACCGACAUUACGGCGUCUGCCUGGCUAAGUACCCUCAUACAGACGUGGUCAACUCUGUAGCGUUCAACCCUCGAGACAACGGCAUGCUGGUCACCACGUCUGACGACUACACUGUCAAGGUAUGGCGGUCGCGUGCCACUCUGGAGCCCCUGGUGGGCGUCAGUCGUACCAACCAUCUACCUCGCGCGGUCAAGGGACAUCAGAAGAACCCACGCGGUAACAUGAAGAAGUGCGUCACUCUGUAAAGUCAAGCGCGAUCACACCGCAGAUAUUUUUAGAAACACUAAGUUCUUUCACCAUGACUUUGUUUUAAAAUGAUAUCUAGGAGAGUUUCAAUUUAUUUCAUAAUCGGAAUUGUUCUAACCAGACAUUUUUGGACCUAUCUGUAAGGUCAAAAUUUAAAUGCUUUCUUUUGUAAGAAAUCGUGUGCGAUCUUUCUUAGAACGAUAAAAUAAUUAAUUUGUAUAUUAUUUAUUUUAUACACUAGUAUAUUUAUAGUUAUACAAUGAUAUUUUUAUUUAAUCAUUGCAUGUCUGACCACUGUACACCUGGGUUUGCCAAGGAAUGUUCUAAGUAAAGCUUAAUAGAUAUUAUUGUUCAAACAUUUCCUUAUUACUUUAUUUUUUUAUUAUUAAAAAGAUUUUUAAUUUGGUUUUGAACUUAACAUUCAAUUUGAAAUUCAUGAUCUUCAUUGAUAAAUCUGAAUGUUUAUAAUUGAAAAUACUUAAUCAUAGGCUGCUAUAUAGUACAUCUAAUGGAGUAUUAUUUUGUUUGUGAUUUACACUUAUGUUCAUCUAUUAUUCUACAUUGAAAUCUAUUUUUAAUUUCUAUUAUUUUAAUUAUGGUUGUUAUAUAAUGUUUAAAAAUUGUAAAACUAUACUUUAAUCUGUGAAUAUUGAUAACAAUUUUAUAUUGUAAAGAAAAGAUCAUAAUUUAUUACUUAUGCAUUAGUUAAUAAGUGCAUGUUUUAUUACAAUAAAGUUUGAAUUGAAUUUUUUUCACAACUUGGCAGCAAUGUUCCCACAUAUUUUGAGGAUGUUAUACUCCAUCACUAACAAUGAAAUGAUUCAAAAUCCCUGUAUAUGAAGACAAGUUGUAUUAGCAGGACAUUAGCACAAGUCAUUACAUCAGAGAACGCAAACAACAAAUAACUAUAGAUUGUUGACUACUUUUAGAAUGAUGGUCUCUAUAACACAAUAGAAAGAAAAAGUAAGCUUAUUUCUCAGAUAUUCGAUAUUUCAAUAGAUUUAAAUUGUUAGUUUGUUAUCAAUUACUUGUGCGCUAAUUCUACUCCUUUUUUAUUGCAGUUGCAGUUAUAAUUUUAGAAAUUGAGUUUUUAUAGAUUGUUUAACUCUCAUCUCAAAAUGAAUUAUUUUUAGCAGUAUAGAGCUUUUGUUUUAAGAAUGAAUCCGUUUCUGAACAAUACAUUUUCAAAUAUAUUUAUUUCAGAAUCAAAUAAAAUGUUGAAAAAAAUCUGAGAUAUCAAGAAUAAUGGAUUAUUAAAAAUCAAGUUUUGUUAUUAGAAACUGACAUUUGUCUAUUUACAAAAGACCAAGUUUAAUUAUUUUUUCUGAUGAGACAAGUCUUGGAAAUUAAUUACUUUGAUACGAUUAUAAUUUUAAGAAACUUCAAAAUAAAAAUUUAGUAAGCAGUGA